GUUGGACAGGACGUCUAGCGGCGUCCACGGGAGAUUAUAGUUUUCUCAAAACUGGAAAAAAUCCCUUGUUUUUGAGUGGCAACAAGAUGAACAGCGCAGGCUAUCAUGGGAAAUUACAUGUACAAGUUUAUCCUCCGGUUGAAGAGUUCUGAGAACAGACUUGUCCGGAUGCUGGUGGAUCCCAGUUUUAGUGCAGUGCGUUACCAGUCAUCUGUGUGGAGGCACUGCCAUGUAUCCCCCAGGACCCGCCCCCCCACCCAUGAUGCUCGGUAACAUGCCUGGUGGGGUCGGAGCAGGUGUGUAUCCUCCUCUCUCUGCCCCAACAGCGAACAUGUUUGGCAACAUGCCAGGUUACGAGGGAAUUGGAGCAGCAGGAGGUUUCCUGCCUCCUCCCAUGCCUGCAGAGCCUGUUGCUCCACCCCAACCUGGAGCUGCACCUGACAGCUGGGUCAUCCCUGCUCUGCAGGAGGAUGUCGCUCGAGCAGCGUUCAAGGACUUUGCAAACUCUAAGUGUUGCUAUGGUUCAGGUCCAGCUGAGGAGGGUGUCAUCACAAACAUGGAGCCGUUUAACACCUUCAGGUAUCGUUUGGAGACUUUCACAGAGUCCAGAUCAACUGAAAUGGCUCAAAAACCUCAUGAAGGGGAGACGGCUGACUUCUACACCCAGCCCGCCCCCCGACCCUGGGAGGUCGAGGUCCAGGCCCCUGCACUCUUCACUAACCACACCGAGGAGAAAAGAGUGCCUUACACCUCCUCCAUUAAGGAAUGCGACUCCUGUCACAGCAAAGGGACUAAGGCUUGUGAAAAGUGCACUGGAAGUGGACAUAAUUCGUGUCUGAAGUGUAACGGCUCAGGGAAGGAGGGGGAGCAAAACUGCAGUGCCUGCAAUGCAACUGGAAAAGACAGAUGCUCUACGUGUUCUGGCCGUGGGACGAUUCAGUGUAACACCUGUAAAGGAAAGAAACAGCUACUGACCUACGUCAAACUCAAAGUGGAGUGGAAAACUCAGACGGAUACUUUUUUUGCGGAGCAGAACUCUGGUCUAAAGGUUGAUGAUCUGAGUUCUGUGAGCGGCAAGGAGCUGUUCAAGUACAGCCAAUGCCUGGUGUACCCGCUGCAUGGGUUCCCUAAUGCAUCCAUCUUCGAGGCCUCUGACCGUCUGAUCAAAGAGCAUCAGACCAAGUUCGCUCAGACCUCCAGGAUCCUGCAGCAGAGGCAUGUGGUCGACCUGGUCCCCAUCACCAAGGUCAACUACAAGUGGAAAACCAACAUGCAUGUCUUCUACGUCUACGGGAAUGAAAACAAAGUCAGCGCUGAAGACUACCCUGCCACCUGCUGCUGUGUGAUCCUGUAGACAGACAGACAGACAGAGACACACACACACGCACACACACACACACACACACACACACAAUCUCAUUGUGUUUUAGUGUCCUACUUUAACCUUGUGUUCUCCAUCAAACGAUUUCAAAAGUAAGAUGACAUCAGCCGUCCAGACCACCCUUUGAGCUCAGAUAAAACCACGGCUGUUCUGUUAUUACGGUGUCACUUAAGGCACUAUCAUCAUUUGUCAUUAUUAGAAAUGUUAACCUCAAGUAUCUUUGCUUUUUGAAUACCGUAUUUCAUAUUUCAUGUUGUUUUUAUCAAGAGUUCAGAGCUUUUUAUUCUAAUAAACAGAUGCAACAGUAGAGCAAGCUGUUAAAUGGAUCUUACACAGAAGUUUGGCGAUUUUACUAAAACCUGUGUAUCUCUGUAGGACAAAGCCACUUCAGUUUUUUAUUAUUAUUGUUAAACCAUUAUUUUUUUUUCAUGUUUAACCACAUCUGGACAUGUCUAGAUUUAGUAAAUCUCAUGUGCAUGCUACAGAAAAGAGACAACCUCAUGUCGUUUGCCAUAUAUUUGUCGCUAAGUGUGCCUUUUACCUGACCUUCCCUGUGCAACACCUUAUACUCAGAAGUGUUCUUGAAUGCAGCUUUGAGUGUAAUUACGGGUAGUAUCUCACACUAAAGCAAUAGUGCUGAAGUGUGAAGCCAUUUUAUAGCAGAAUGUACCUUUAGCAGCCGUAUACUGUGACUAAACGCCCUGCCCACCUACUAACUUUUGAGAUGUUGUCUGUAGGAAUAAAAAGUAACAUCUGAACAUUAAUUGCAUCAUAAUCAGUCAGUUAGCAAGUGGAACGCAGGUUUCUUAUUGAAAAUGAUGUGAGGUGAUUAUUAAGAAAGAAAAAUGUGUUUAUUAGCAGAUUAGGAAAGAGAGAAACUCUUCAGUCAUUGUAGAACAUGUGUGUGUGUCUGCUCGCUCUCCUCCAUCCCCAGUGAGUCAUGGCAGAUGGCUGCUUAUACUGAGCCAGGAUCCUCUGGAGGUUUCUUCCUGUUAAAAGGGAGUUUUCUUCUCCACUGUCACUGCAUGCUUGCUUAGUUUGAGGAUUUAAGGCUCUGACACUAGUCAGUGACUCGAUGCAACCUGCUGGGUUCCUUAUAUAGGAAACUUUUUACUGACUGGCUUAAUGAACUGACCUAUAUUGGAAUGUUUACUGUGUGAAGGUCCUUGAGACGACUCUUGUCCUGAUUUGGCGCUAUAUAAAUAAACUUGAAUUGAACAGUUUUAAGUCGUAGAAGAAAACAAGAUGAAAGACAAACUUAUUUUCAUCGACUGUCAUUUGUUGUCAUGAACGGGAUUUACACCGCCCAUCCAAAAAAAAAGUCUACACCCAAAAAUAAGUCUCACACUACUGUUCCAUUGGACUGCCUUUAUCUUUGACCAUGACACGCAUUCGCCAUGGCAUUGUUUCGAUAAGCUUCUGCAACGUCACCAGAUUUAUCUCCAUCCAGUGUGGCAUUAAUGUCUCACCAAGAUCUUGCACUGAUGAUGGUAGAGUCUGACCGCUGCACAGAGCCUUCUCCAGCACAUCCCAGUGAUCCUCAGUGGGGUUAAGGUCUGGACUCUGAACCACUCUUUCACUAUCUGAGCCUGAUAAAUCCUGGUUUUGUCAUCUUGGAAUAUGGGAGAUGGAAUAACUUGGUCAUUCAGGAUAUUCAGGUGGUCAGCUGACUUCAUUCUUGGAGCACAUCCUGUUGCUGAACCUAGACCUGACCAACUGCAGCAAGCCCAGAUCAUAGCACUGCCCCCACAGGUUUGUACAGUAGGCACUAGGCAUGAUGGGUACAUCACUUCAUCUCAAUUCAAUUCAAUUCAAAAAUACUUUAUUAAUCCCAGAGGGAAAUUGAUUGCUGUAGUAGCUCAGAAUAAUAAUCAAGUCAUCAAAGAGUUGUUGUAUAUUACAAUGGCUGUUGGCAGGAAAGAUCUCCAGUAGCGGUCAGUGUUGCAGCAAAACUGAAGAAGCCUCUGACUGAAGACACUCUUCUGUUGUCGGACAGUCUUGUGAAGAGAAAGCUCAGGGUUGUCCAUAAUUUUCUUGAUUCUCUGGAGAAUCCUUCUUUGCAUCAUCUCCUCCAGCGGUUCAGAAACUGACGAAACUCUGGCUGAGUCCUUGAAAGGGCUUAAAGUUCCUCCAUCUUGUUGGCCAGUGAUCUCACAUUGCCCAUUAUGAUCGAUGGAAGAGAUGGUUUGAAUUUCCUCUUUCUCUGUCUCUGUUUUGCUGCCUCUCUUCUUACCCUGAUGCACCAUCACUCUGGAACAGGGUCCAUCUGGACUCAUCAGACCAGUUCUAAUAAAGCGUUGGACAGUUCAGAACCCAGUUUUAGUAGUUUCUGCAGAUGCAGAUGUUUUCUCUGCUUGAUGCCAAUGAUCUGACCCUUCUCACACAGACUAACAUCUUCUCCAUGACCACCAGAGGUGUCUUUCCACAUGGUUGUUUAGGAAAUGAGAAGCAGCUCGUUGCACCAGUUGGGUUAAAUAGCUUGUUGCAGCUAAAGGAUAAUCGCCCUGCAGUAAUUAUCCAAUAUAUAAUAUACCUGUUUGCUUAGUUAAAUGUAUGUGAGUGUUCAGUUCACUUGUUCAUCCUUUCUAUGUUUGACAACAUUCUCUAUCAGACUCGUGUGUUCGUGUUUUCUGUCAUACCAGCAUUAAAAAACAAGCAAAUGUGGCAUUUAA